UAAAGUUUUGCUGGCUGGAGGGAAGAAGAGACGUUACGAGUCGUGGAAAUAUAAAAAAUGAAUAGAUUUGGAGACGUCAGAACCCGCCGGAAAACCCGGGUCAAAACACAACGGUGAAAGGUCUUCGCUGCGAUAAAUAUCGCCACACUGUGGCCAGGCAAACAGACGCAACACACGGACAGAGAGACUGACGGAGACACAAACAUACACACAUACCGACAGAAGGACACAUAGCCAGUGGGACAGAGAGAGAGGGACAUAAAGAGAUGUCCACGAGGCUGGCAAUGCCGCGUCUCCCCGCGGCCUUGAGACGCGUGAUCGCCGGGACGCGGGGCGGCGGACCCGGACCACCCCGUCCUGCCGGGGAGAUCUGCCCGGGAUGGUGGCCCGUCCUCGGUAGGGUUUCUAUGCAAGAAAGGGGGACCGGGAUGGGUGUUGAAACUGGCGCACAUAGCACGUCUUGGCUGCCCGUCCUCGCUGGGAUUUACAGGCAAGGCGGGGGGUUCACUCUAGGUACGAGGCCGUUAUCCGCUACAGAGUCAUGCCGGGGAUGGUUGUUGAGCGUCCUCGGAAGGGUUUCUAGACAAGACCGGGAGCCCGGCGUCCGUGGCCACCUUGCGUCUGUAAGGGUUUCCUGCCGGGUACGGUGGCCCGAUCUCGGUAGGGUUCCUAGGCAAGGCCGGGGCGGACUCGGCCCGUACGUCGGCUUCACCGCAGGCCCUGUUCGGGGUGACCCUAUCCAAGCCAUGGUGGCGCUACCGGCGGUCGGACCCCGCAGGGAGAGCCGGGGGCUCCACACGGGGAUGCACUACGGGGCCAGGCGAACCCUGCAGGGGCAAGGGGAUGGACCCGGACAGCAGGGAGCCAGCCCUGGGCAGAGGACAGAGGCGCGGGGCAGCAGCGAGCUGGACCGGGCAGACGCAUGGAUGAUGAGGAAAGCACAGGAAACUGGGUACCUGUCUUGGCUGAGGAAUGGUCUUUUAGCCACUGGCAUUGGAAUAAUCGCCUUUGUGCAAAGCGACAUGGGGAGGGAGGCUGCCUAUGGGUUUUUUAUCCUGGGCGGGCUCUGCAUCUCGUACGGCACUGCCUCGCACAUGGCCAACAUAGCGGUGCUGCGGCGCGCGAUGAUGCUGUCGACGUCGGCCGUGGUGCUCAACACGGUCGGGGUCCUCAUGCUGGCCGUCUUGUGGCUCACGGCUGUGACGCUGUACGUGGGCCGCCUCGAGGUGGAGAUCGUGAGGGACAACGGCGGAGAGUGGGAUGAAGGCUGCGAGCACUGCCGAGGCCACGAGGGCGAAGAGGAGGGCAAAGGCAGGGCUGACAAGUGAAGGGGAUGGCGGUGAUCGAAAGGGGGCCCCAGUGGCUUUGCAUGAUUUGCGAAGUUGAGUUCCAUAAUGGAAAUAAAUAUAUAAGCAUGUGGGUUAUCAGCGACAGUAUCGUUCUUAAUGUUGGUUUUCUUUUGGAAAUGUUAACUUUAAAAAAAAAUUACUAACAAUUUUAUUUUGUGCAUAUUUUUUUAUUGUUUAAUAUUGUACGUUUGUCAUAACAAAAAUUGAGAGGUUCGACUAUUAUGUGAGUUUCUGAUGUGUUCUUACACCUUUCAUGCAAAAGUAUAUUCAUGGGUGGUUAAAACAGGUCUAAAAGAAACACUUUUUUUUAUACCACUUUUUAAUGUUUGAAUAUUGUACGUUCGGAAUAAAUAUUUCACAAUGGUAAAUUUAUUUUAUUUUAGACCUGUUUUCACCACCAGUGGAAACUUUUGUAUGCAGUCUAAGAACGUGCCAGAACUGUCAUAUAAUUUUAUAAUCUCUCAUAUUUUGUUUCCUUAAAUUUCCCAAAAACUGAAUUCAGAAUGAAGGGUGAUUUUUCAAAUAUCUGCAACUUUUUUGAUUUUCACAACACAUCCGUACCGCAACCAAAGGCGACAUUUCCUGAUUUGUUUCAAAAUACAUUGGUUUGAUGUUUAAAAUAUGUGUGGUUAAUUUUGCCCAUCUGUGCAAUUACCUACUAUAAUCACCCAGAAAUGUCUGUCCGUCCUAUGUGUGACGUCACUCCACAUGAGGCCCACCCCCCUCAUUAGUAUUUAUGAGUGGGUGGAUUUUCACAACCCAGAGGAAGGUCGAGCUGAAUUAAAUAAUUGAUUACGCAAAGUCGCUUUAAAUAUGACGUUUCUUUAUAGAAAGUGACGCUAAAAAAUGAAUCUAUGCAGCAUAGUGCUACAUCCGUGCGCGAUGUCACUGCAAAAGAGCCCCCCCCCUUCAUAUUCAUGCAUGCGUGGAAAUUUACACUAACGCACAAGGUCGCGCGCUCCACAUACUGCACCCCUCCCCUCAUUAAUAAUCAUGAAGGGGUGACGUCACUCCACAUGCCGCAUCCCUCCCCAAUAACCAUUAGUGGGUGACGCCACUCCACAUGGGGCAACCCCCCCCCCCCCUCAUUGAUAAUCUUGAGCUGAACAAUUUUUAUCUUGAAUAUUUCAGAUUUACUGCAAUAUACACCCGUCCUUCGACAGGCAAAAAAGCUAGUUGGAACAUAUUUAAAUAACUCAUUUCUGUUAUCGGCGAGUGUGGAGAAACGUGGCCUUGACACUGAUGAAAGAGCUGAAGCAAUGUCAUCACCCAAUGCUGGAAUCUUUCCAUGGGACUUCGUGUUAUUGGACGAUGUCCUCUGUGGCACUUUAUGAGACCUGAACCCCAGAAUUACUUUUCGAGCAGCCGCCUUCAUCUUUCCACAACCCGGUGACCCCCAAUUAACACCACCACCACAUCAACGUUAAUUAUAAGUCUGUACACUCAUACUCAACCCGUCUUGGCGCUCCUUCUAGGGCCAGACUUACAUUUUUGGAAACCGUUGAUGACCUUCUAGAAGAGGCUUGAAAACUUGGGAUAAUGUUGAGGUGAGUUUAGCUCGAACAAUAGCAGAACGCAGAGUAAUAUUGCGGAGUUGGGUAGAUAUGUAAUACAAAUGAUGCUGAAGACUAGUGAAGUGUGAAAUAAAAACAUUGCAUGUGCUAACUGACAAUAUAUUUUUUUACAAGUGGUCUCAAUAUGGAAUUGCUAGAACAAAUAUAGCUGCAAGGCUUCCCCAGUGAGUUUAAUAUCAGCAGGUGCGUUUAGAAGAGAAGAGCAUUUGCUUAUGAACCAGCGCCGACAGUAUGAUAUGAAACAGUAUUUAAUUUUUUUUUUUUAAACCAAUGUUUGUCUUGGUGAAUUUUAUUGCAUUAUAUAAAAGCUCCACAGAUUAAGUUGCCAUUAAAAUUACUGUAGAGCAUUUAACAAGUGUAAAAUAUAGAACAGCACUCACCUGGCAUUACAAAAUGCAAAUAUUAAACUUGAGAGACAAACACGCACAUGUAAAGCCUUCAAAAGAGAGAUUUUACCCAAAUGCUAUGAUCUUGCACUGGAUAAAUAUUGAGUGUUGGUAUAUACAGUACUUAUUUAUGGUAUGGUGGACAUUACUACUAAUGUGGUGUGUGGUGUAAGCCUGUUGCAGAUAUACCAAUCAAUAAAUAUUUUUUAUUUAAAAAAAACGG